GAUAUAUCUGAAUUUUAGGGAACCGAAGAGUUGGAGAAUCUUUUUAUAUUUAUUUUUACGAAUCUUGGGAGCUGUCCGGAUUCCGGAACAACCGCUUCCGGCCCCGACCCGACCUUCCCGAUCUGAGCCGCUACGAAACCAACCAAUCCAAUACCGCCACGCGUCCCCUCCCCGCCUUCGGCCUCGGAGCCCCGCGUCCCCCGCGCCGCUGGCAGUAUAAUAACUCCCGCGCCGCGUAACUGCACGAGCUCGCCCGAGCAAACCGUCGCCGGUGCCUACCGUUCCCGUCGCCGGUGCCUACCGUUCCCGUCGCCGCCCGUCCUCUCUACGGAGGUCCUUUUUCAGAUAUCGCUAGGGAUUGGUGAGUUGUACGGUUCAGAGCGCUUCUACCUGAGUUUUCUGGUCUUUGAUCAGCUGUGUGUAAGGGACUAAAAUUUGGAAAGUGUCAUCCUUCGAAGUUGACAACCAACCAAUGUAGCAUGUUUGACAGCCCAUAUAAAAGUUGAUCUCAUGAAUUCGGGAAGAACAGCGGCAUCCAACGUUUCCUGUUCAGCGGGAAACAGCGGCAGCUUCCCUCCCUGCCUCCUUCCAGGAUUUCUUGGGUUCCCAAUUGUUUUCGUCAAUUUCCACUUGUUCAAGGCCAUUGUUCGCAGCCCUGCAUCUUCCGUUGUCUUGGGAAUGUGUGGAAGGAGCCUUCCUUAAAUUGUGGCCCAAGACUUCCUAGUCAUCUUGCGGAAUCUCAUAGGUUCUCGAAGAUGGUUUCCUCUGAGAUGACCUCUGUCACAGUGACGCGUGCACAGGGCUCCAAGCUUUUUAGAGGGAAGAUCCUUCUGCCAGGGGGAUCCUCAGAUGUUGUGCCUUCUGAAAAUGUUGAGUUCGAUUUUUCUGAUGUUUUUGGGCCUAGUGCUGUCCAUACACACACAGAAGUGAGUGUUCUCACUCUGGGCAGUCCAGCACCUGUGGCUGAGUCCAACGAUGAGGUUUACAAUGACCCUGAUGUCAUUGUCAAACGAUCCCAUUCCCUUGUUGGUCCAUCAUCUCUUGUUAGUCAAUCUUUGCCAUUUAGCAAGCUUACAUUACACAAGAAAGACAGCUCAUUGGAAAUUUCAGAGUGCCUUUCCAAAGAAAAACAAAUCAACCAAGGGUCCUUUAGUGAUGAUGAGUUUGAUGAUGUAAAAAAGGAGAAUGAGGGUGUUGGACUUGACGACUUCGAAGUUCUGAAGCUCGUUGGCCGAGGGGCAUUUGGCAAAGUAUAUCAGGUGAGAAAGAAAGGUACUUCUGAAAUAUAUGCAAUGAAAGUUAUGAGGAAGGACAAGGUUGUGGAGAAGAAUCACACUGAGUACAUGAAAGCUGAGAGAGAUAUACUGACAAAGGUUGACCAUCCUUUCGUCGUGCAGCUGAGGUACUCCUUUCAGACAAAGUACCGACUUUACCUUGUCCUGGACUUCAUAAACGGGGGUCAUCUCUUCUUCCAGCUUUACCACCAGGGUUUAUUUAGGGAGGAGCUUGCACGCAUCUACGCUGCUGAAAUUGUAUCUGCCGUAGCCCACCUCCAUGCCAAUGGUAUUAUGCAUAGAGAUUUGAAGCCUGAGAACAUCUUACUGGAUGCUGAUGGUCAUGCUAUGCUGACCGACUUUGGCAUGGCAAAAGAAUUUGAUGAAAACACUAGAUCAAACUCAAUGUGUGGUACUGUUGAGUACAUGGCCCCAGAAAUUUUUCAGGGCCGAGGUCAUGAUAAGGCUGCAGACUGGUGGAGUGUGGGAAUCCUUCUUUUUGAAAUGCUUACGGGAAAGCCACCGUUUGUUGGUGGAAACAGAUGCAAGAUUCAACAGAAGAUAGUAAAGGAGAAGAUAAAGCUGCCAACUUAUUUAUCUAGUGAAGUUCACUCUCUGUUGAAAGGAUUACUGCACAAAGAAGCUGGCAGGCGGCUGGGAAGCGGACCAGGCGGCAGUGAUGAAAUCCAGAAGCACAAGUGGUUCAAGUCUGUAAACUGGAAGAGACUCGAGGCCCGGCAGAUCGAGCCAAGCUUCCGGCCGAAUGUUGCUGGCAAGACCUGCAUCGCAAACUUUGACAAGUGCUGGACGAACAUGUCCGUGCUUGACUCUCCAGUGGCCAGCCCUGUUGCAGCCAACAGCAACUUUGUGGGGUACAGUUAUGUGAGGCCCGCACCGUUCCUCCAAAAGCCGAGCCCACUUGGCUGAGGAACUGCUUCCGUGGUCUGAGAUCUGCCCCGGAGUUCAAAUAUUUAUCUUUUUGACUCCGAAUCCUAUGUAUUUCAUCAAGACACUAGUGUUGGAGAUCUAACCUUAUUGAGGACAACAACUUGGUUGGUGAUUCCCAAAAAGUUCCUAUUGAAGUGCCAUGGUUAUUAUCCUCUGUUUUUGCUUAUUGCCAUUCCUUGUUUGUGUA